AUGUCCGACGUCGAGAAAACACAGACUCCGGCCCUCACCCCCGACGAGCUCAGCGAGCGCUCUGCCUCCGCCGCGCCGUCUGAGCCUGAAGCCGAAGAAGACGAAGUCCAAUAUGUCGGCCAUCUCAAGUUCUCCCUCAUUUUCGUUGGAUUGUGUCUGUCCGUUUUCCAAGUCGCCCUGGACGAAGUCGUCCUCGGCACCGCGGUCGCAACCAUCACCGACGAGUUCAAGUCGCUGCAGGAUAUCGGCUGGUAUGGCUCCGCGUACCUGUACACCGACUGCGCCUUCCAGCUGGUCUUUGGACGGCUGUAUUCGAUGCUCCCGGUGAAGAUCGUGUACCUGGGUGCUCUGCUGCUGUUUGAGGUUGGGUCGAUUAUCUGCGCGACGGCGCCGAAUUCCAUUGCACUUAUCCUUGGGCGCACCAUCGCAGGCAUCGGCGCAGGCGGCAUCCUCUCGGGCGCCCUGACGAUCCUCUCGCAGUCUGUCCCGCGCGCCAAAGUCGCCGUGUUCAAUGGGAUUCUCGGUGCGGUGAAUGGAAUCGCAUUCAUCUGUGGCCCGUUGCUGGCGGGGGGGAUCAUCAACGGCACGACCUGGCGCUGGAUCUUCUACAUCAACCCCAUCCUGUCCGCGCCGACCUUUUUCAUCACCCUCUUCAUGCUUAAGCUCAAGGCCCCGACGACGGAGGUCAAGACGUGGAAGGAACGCAUCGCCAUGCUGGAUUUGCCCGCCUUUACGCUCUUCCUUGCGUCGAUACUCUGUUUGAUUCUGGCGCUGCUCUGGGGCGGGAAGGAGUAUGCUUGGACGGAUGCACGGAUCAUCGUGCUGUUCAUCCUGUUUGGGGUCAUCAUGCUCGCAUUUAUGCUCGUGCAGAAGAGAAAGGGCGACGAUGCGCUCGUUCCGAUGAGGAUACUCAGCCAGCGGAGCAUCGCGUUCGGCAUGUUCUUCUCCUUCUGCACGUCGGGGACGGGCUUCAUCCUCGAGUACUACCUCCCCAUCUGGCUCCAGGUCAUCAAAGACCUCUCCGUCAUCUCCUCCGCCGUCAAGCUCCUCCCCAUCAUCGCCGCCGCCGUCGUCUUCACCACCCUCUGCGGCAUCCUCACCCCCGUCAUCGGCCACUACGUGCCCUUCAUGAUCGUCGCCACCGCCCUGCUCUCCGUCGGAAUGGGCCUGCUGUCGACACUAGAAUCCACCUCGCCCAUCCGCGACGUGCUAGGCUUCCAAGUCCCCGCAGGCGUAGGUCUCGGCUGCGCGCUGCAGCAGACCCUCGUCGCAGCACAGAUCAUCCUCCCCAUGAACGACAUCCCGAUCGGCGUUUCGCUGAUCGUCCUUGCACAAACACUCGGCGGCACCGUCGCUCUUUCAGCAGCGGACACAAUCUACACGGGGACUCUAUCGUCGAGCAUCAGCAGCCGCUUCCCCGAGAUCUCGCGCGAGGCGGUGCUCAACACCGGAAACCGCGAGAUCCGCAGCCUUGUCCCGGCCGAGUCGGUCGGUGUGAUCAUGGACCUGUGCAACCAGGCCAUCGUCAAGACGUGGUACCUGUCGAUCGCGCUGGCCGCGGCGUCGAUUAUUGGCGUGCUGGGCAUGGAGUGGAGGCGGGUGACGCCGGCGAAGAAGUCAUAG